AUCACACAUUCCUUCUGAUCUUGUUCCUCAAUUCUUUUUUCAUUUUUUGUUGAGGAGAGAAUCAGAGAACCACACCCUCCAUUCACUCAUUUAUUAGCCAGAGCCAAACGGUCGAGCAAAAGCAGGAAACACAGCGUGAAGAGAGAAAAUUUUGGAAUAAACAAACAAACAGAGCAGCAAAGAGAAGAGAGGGGAGAAAGGAAAAUUUCCUUCACAACUCUCUCUUCCAAAACAAACUGUACUUUCCACACACUCUCUUUCUCUUUGUGCCACACUGUCCACCAUCUAUCUCCUCCUCAACCACACACACAAAAAGAAGCUAUAACCCAAACUCGCCGGCCAGAUCGACGAUUACUCAUAGCACAUUCGCUUUCUUCCUCCUUCGACAUGGCCGCCGCCGCUCUCCUUUGGGUUGUUGGUCCCAAAGAGAAUGCCGUCACUUCCUCCGCUCUGGUGGGUCUCAUACCCAGGACCGGAACCGGCGGCGGCGUGGCUUCACAGCUGGGAAUCAGGCCCAGAGGCGCCAGCGGUGGCGGUACGAGCCAGAGGCUGAGAAUUGGGUCGUCGUUGAUGAAUUCGAACAGCAGGGCGUCUGCUGUGUACUCGAGCGCAGCCGCCGUUGCCGCGAGCCCGGCAAGAUCUUCGGAAGAGAAGGUGUACGAGGUGGUGCUAAAGCAGGCGGCGCUGGUGAAGGAGCUGCAGAGACGGGCGGUGGAGGAAGAGGCAGUGGCCGGAACGGAAUCGAAUUGGGAUCUUCUCAACGAAGCUUACGAUCGGUGCGGCGAGGUCUGCGCUGAGUACGCCAAAACGUUUUACUUGGGAACGUUGUUGAUGACACCGGAGCGGCGAAGAGCUGUGUGGGCAAUUUAUGUUUGGUGCAGAAGGACUGAUGAGCUGGUGGACGGGCCCAAUGCAACUCACAUCACACCCAAGGCUCUCGAUAGAUGGGAGACAAGACUGAAUGAUCUCUUUCAAGGCCGCCCAUAUGACAUGUUUGAUGCUGCUCUAUCAGAUACAGUCUCGAAAUACCCUGUCGAUAUUCAGCCGUUCAAGGACAUGAUUGAAGGAAUGCGGAUGGACUUGGAGAAAUCGCGAUACCAGAAUUUCGACGAGCUCUACCUCUACUGCUACUAUGUUGCUGGGACAGUCGGCCUAAUGAGCGUUCCUGUAAUGGGGAUCUCCCCUGAAUCAAAAGCUUCCACCGAGAGUGUUUACAAUGCUGCAUUGGCCUUAGGGAUCGCCAACCAGCUAACUAACAUACUAAGAGAUGUUGGAGAAGAUGCGAGGAGAGGAAGGAUCUAUCUGCCGCAGGACGAGCUGAGGCAAGCCGGGCUCUCCGACGAGGACAUAUUCAAGGGUAAGGUGACGGAAAAAUGGAGGAGUUUCAUGAAAGGGCAGAUCAAGCGGGCAAGGAUGUUCUUCGAUGAGGCGGAAAAGGGUGUUGGGGAGCUAAACGGGGCGAGCAGAUGGCCGGUGUGGGCAUCUCUACUGCUCUAUAAGCAGAUAUUAGACGCCAUUGAAGCGAACGAUUAUGACAACUUCACCAAGCGGGCCUAUGUAGGGAAAGCAAAGAAGUUCGCUUCAUUGCCUGCAGCUUAUGGUCGGGCACUUAUGGGUCCACCUUCUAAAAGAGCAGCUGACUUCGCUAGCAGGACUUCCUGAGUUGUAGGAGUUUGAAGCGGGCCAAUCAUUGAAUAUAGGCUGUUUGCUUUUUCUUCUAAUCUUUUUCAUUUUUGGGAAGUUUGCUACGAUUAAAAAACACAAGAGAUUUGUAGAUUCUGCCCCCACGUCCGUCUGCUUAAUUUGUAAUCCAAAUUGAUGGCCGUCUGCCCUGCUAAGAUUAGAUGCUUUCUGUAGCAUAUUUCUACCUCCUCUGACUCGGACAUGCCUUCCCUUUAGAGACCAGACCGGAUCCUAUCACUAAACUUAAGAUUAAGAACCUUGAUACACAAUUCAAUCAUUACUAAUUUACUCCUAAAUGUUUACUCCUGAAACCCUUGUAAUUGGAGGGAUGCACUCUUCAAAUUGCCUCCAUAGUAUUGGAGUUAAUGGGGCGGUGGCGGAACAGUAAAAAGAUAUAAUUUUAUUUUCUAUGUUUUUUAA